CACGGAUACACAAAUUGAGAGAGAGCGCGCGACAAAAUCGAACCUAACCCUAAUUUUGCGAUUUCCCCCUAAUUUCGACGAUCUGAUGGUGAGUGACAAGCAUGUAGAAUCAAACCACCGCAAACACCGACGGUCGUUUUCGCCGUCCGACGAGGUCUUUAAAUCUCCGAAGCGGCACAAGUCCCGUCAUCACCAUCGCAGGCAUGGCCACCGUCAUCAUCGUGAUGAGGAAGUUCAAUAUAACGAUGAUGAGAAUGUUAACGGUGGUGAUCUUGAUAUGGAAGAAGGUGAGAUAUUAGGAAAAGAAGGGAUUGGGGAGACAUUGAAGAAGAAAUUAGAGUCCGUCGACGAGUUUGGGGAUAUAAAAUCUGGUCAAUUCCGGGAGAAUAAUCUGGCGUUCAAUGGAGAUGAUGGCUUUCCCUUGAUUUGUAAGAGCUGGAUACGCGUUUAUAACUAUCUUUCAUAUAAAUGUCAUGGGAGAAAUCAGCGGAGGGAAAGAGAAUGUGAGAAAAGAAAAGAGAUAGAGCCUGACCGUGAAAGGAGAAAAGAGAGGGGAAGCGUUGAUAGAGAUAGCAGGGGAGACAGGGAAAAAGAUUACCUACGGGAUAGAGACAACGACAGAGGUAGGAGUAGAGAUAAAGCCAGGUAUAGUAGUAGAGAGAGGGGGAGGGAGAAUGAAAGAGAGAGACGGAGUGAAAAAGAUAGGGAUAAAGGACGAGAAUUCCAGAGUGAUAGAGAGAAGCAUAAAAGUCUUGAUGAUGGAUAUGGUGAAGUGAGGCAUAAACAUUCUGGACACUCAAGACAUGAUGCGGAAGAUGACUUAGAGUUAAGAAGCCCAACUUCUGUAAAUGGCCAUGAUCCUAACAGUGGCGAUGUCAAAGAAACUCGGGGAAAUGUUGAAAGGACCAGAAUUGAUAAUGAUGAUAAAGGUGACGUUGUUGUUUGGGAAGUUGAACAAGAAGAUGAAGAGCUAAAUUUAAUCGAGGAAAGCAGGAGGAGAACGCAAGCCAUAAUGGAGAAAUAUAAGAAAAAGUUGGAGCAGCAAAACGGAUUUUCUUCUCAUGAUCUUGAGCUAGCAAACAUUCCCAAGCAGUCCUCUACUGUGGCAGAUGUUCUUGGAAGUGGUACUCUGGGGCCUGUUACUUCUGCAGUUAAUCAAGCUAAAGCUGGGUUGGAUAUUGAUGCCGUAGAUGGUGAAGUCGCCAAGCUUUCAUCGGCAGUUGGGGAAUCACCUGCACAGCUUGUAAUUUCAGACUCAGAUAGGACACUAGCUUCCACAGGGCUUGGGGAAGGCAGCCCAAAGGAUAAAAUAUCAGAUGACAUGUUCACUGAUGAUAUCUUUGGGGAGUCUCCAGCUGAUAGUCAGAAAAUGGUAUGUACUCUUACUCAAAUUAUUGACCUUGUCUUUAUAGAGUUUUCUAACUCUGGUUUCAUCUGCUUUGUUUUCCCCGUACAUCAUCUGACAAGAUACUCAAGAAAUGGACUUCCUUUUGUCCACUACAUUUUUGUAGGCUAUCUGCGAGGGAAAGGGAAUGGCAUUCCUAUUGUAAGGAGUGGACUCGACGAUAAUUGGGAUGAUGCAGAAGGUUAUUACAGUUAUCAAUUAGGGGAACUACUUGAUGAUAGAUAUGAAAUCAUGGCUACUCAUGGAAAAGGUGUCUUCUCUACCGUGGUGCGGGCAAAAGACACAAAAGCUGAACUAGGUGAACCUGAGGAAGUGGCUAUAAAAAUUAUUCGGAACAAUGAGACAAUGCAUAAGGCCGGCCAGACUGAGAUUCAGAUAUUGAAGAAGCUAGCUGGCUCUGACCCAGAGAAUAAGCGCCACUGCGUUCGUUUUCUUUCAACUUUUAAGUAUAGGAACCACCUUUGCUUGGUGUUUGAGUCUCUUCAUCUGAAUCUCCGUGAGAUUGUGAAGAAGUAUGGUCGCAACAUUGGUAUUCAACUAUCUGGUGUUAGAGUGUAUGCAACGCAGUUAUUCAUAUCCCUUAAACAUCUCAAGAACUGUGGGGUUCUUCACUGCGAUAUAAAGCCUGACAACAUGCUGGUGAAUGAGGGAAGAAACACGUUAAAGCUUUGUGACUUUGGUAGUGCAAUGUUUGCUGGUACAAACGAAGUUACACCAUAUCUUGUUAGUCGCUUCUACAGAGCUCCAGAAAUAAUUCUUGGACUUCCCUACGACCAUCCGUUAGAUAUAUGGUCAGUUGGUUGCUGUCUGUAUGAGCUUUUUAGCGGGAAAAUUAUGUUCCCUGGCUCCACAAACAAUGAAAUGUUACGCCUGCAUAUGGAACUGAAAGGUGCCUUCCCUAAAAAGAUGCUUCGCAAGGGAGCAUUUAUCGAUCAGCACUUUGAUAAGGACUUAUGCUUCUAUGCUACAGAGGAGGAUAGUGUUACUAGAAAGACAACAAAGAGAAUGAUGGUAAACAUAAAGCCAAAAGAAUUUGGUUCAGUAAUUAAACAACGUUAUAAGGAUGAAGAUAGCAAGUUGUUGGUUCAUUUCAGGGAUCUUCUAGACAGAAUUUUCAUACUUGAUCCUCAGAAGAGAAUUACAGUGUCACAGGCAUUAGCUCACCCAUUCAUCACGGGCAAGUGAAUCUCAUAAUGUUGUUACCCUAGAUACAUGUACAUUGAAUAUUAAACGAUUAGUUUUUGAUUAAGAUUCUAAAGAAAUUGUUA